CCCGCCCACCGCCCCGCCCCUACCGUCCGGGCGGGGCUGGGCCGAAAGUCCAGCUGCUGCUGGCCGGAGAGUCAGUGACUUCCUUAUUGUGUGCCGGGACCGGGCAGUGUCCCAACUCGUUCUUAUUCGGACUGCUGGCCCAAGUGUAGGUCGGAGCCGCAACCCCGCCCCGUCAGAAACCUUUUCAGCACAGGUCCUUUCCCCGCACUCCUGGUGCUCCCUAACAUGCCCAACCCCAGCAUCACCUCUGCUCCCUACCCUCUCCCUGAGGAAAUUAGGAACCUGUUGGCAGAUGUUGAAACAUUUGUAGCGGACAUACUGAGAGGGGAAAAUUUAUCCAAGAAAGCAAAGGAAAAGAGAGAAUUCCUUAUUAAGAAGAUAAAAGAUGUAAAGUCUAUUUACCUUCAGGAAUUUCAAGGCAAAGGUGAUGUGGAAGAUGGGGAGGAAUACGACGAUCCUUUUGGUGGAGCUGCAGACACUAUUUCAUUAGCCUCAGAACGCUAUGAUAAAGAUGAUGAAGCUCCCUCUGAUGGACAGUUUCCUCCAAUUCCAGCACAGGACCUUCCUUUUGUUCUCAAGGCUGGCUAUCUAGAGAAACGCAGAAAAGAUCACAGCUUUCUGGGAUUUGAAUGGCAGAAACGGUGGUGUGCUCUCAGUAAAACAGUGUUCUAUUAUUACGGGAGUGAUAAAGACAAACAACAGAAAGGUGAAUUUGCAAUAGAUGGCUACAGUGUCAGAAUGAAUAACACCCUCAGGAAGGAUGGGAAGAAAGAUUGCUGCUUUGAAAUCUCUGCUCCCGAUAAACGUGUCUAUCAGUUUACAGCAGCUUCUCCCAAAGAUGCCGAGGAAUGGGUACAGCAGCUGAACUUUGUAUUACAAGACAUGGAAUCUGAUAUUAUUCCUGAGGAUGAUGAUGAGAGGGGAGAGUUAUAUGAUGAUGUUGAUCACCCUCUCCCUGCAAGCAGUGCACCAACAAGAAGUCAACCCAUCGAUGAUGAAAUUUAUGAAGAGCUUCCAGAAGAGGAAGAGGACAAUGCCGUGGGGAGAAUGGAAGAACAAAGGAAGAUGGGUCAGGACAGUGUUCACCCCACCUUAGGAGAUAAAAGCACUGACUAUGCUAAUUUUUACCAAGGUUUAUGGGAUUGUACAGGAGCUGUUUCUGAUGAGUUGUCCUUUAAGCGUGGUGACGUGAUUUACAUCCUUAGCAAGGAAUACAAUAGAUAUGGCUGGUGGGUAGGAGAAAUGAAGGGAGCCAUUGGCUUGGUGCCUAAAGCCUACAUAAUGGAGAUGUAUGAUAUUUGAGAGUCCUGGCAGAGAAAGUCAACGUCUCAACUGAAGAAAAAAAUUCAAAAUGCAACUUUCCCUUUCUGGCUGCAGAAAAGGAAGAUUCUUCCGCUUGUCUGCAAAUGCUUUGGAGUUAGCAGCAUCAUGAAAGCAUGAGUGACAGCUCAGAACCUCCCUUUGUUUUGCCGAAUAUUGCUUGUCUUUGACUGUUAUUUUAUGCAGUUGUUCAUUAAAAUAUUCUUUUGAUGUGAAAUUAAAUGAAGGGCAUUAGUGUCAAUUAGAUGGAAGCAGUGAGGUUAUACCUGUUGCUAUUUUCCAAAUAGUUUUUAUUUACCCAUUUGAUUUAGGUGAAGAAUUCAUCACUAUUUUAUACAUGUCAUAGAGUUGACUACAUUAUAUAGUAGUUUACCACUGAUACUUCUGCUGUGAGUUGUAAUGUUUCUUAAUCAUUGGACAGCAAUUAUUU